AUGCUCUUCCCCCUGCCUCUGCGGGUAGCCUGCAGUCUGCUUGCCUGGCUCUCUCUCUAUGCUUGGUUCUGCCGUCGCUACAAGCACCGGAAUUAUGAGUGGAGCUGCAGGCUGGUCACACUGACCCAUGGCAUCCUUGCUACCUGUCUCUCUGCUUACAUUGGCUUUAUUGAUGGUCCCUGGCCUUUGAGUCACCCGGGAUCACCAAACACGACUCUUCAGGUACACGUGCUGUGCCUUAGCUUGGGCUACUUCCUCUUUGACCUUUGCUGGUGUGUGUACUUCCAGACAGAAGGUGCCCUGAUGCUGGCCCACCAUCUGGUGAGCAUCUUGGGCAUCACAGCGUCACUGGCACUCGGGGAGUCAGCUGCAGAGGUCAAUGCCGUCAUCUUUGGUAGUGAGAUCACUAACCCGCUGCUGCAGGCCCGCUGGUUCCUGAAGGAGAUGGGAUGUUACCACAGUUUCACAGGUGAUGUGGUGGAUUUCUUCUUCGUGGUCCUCUUCACUGGGGUGCGGAUUGGAGUGGGGGCCUGGCUGAUGUACUGUGAGCUCGCUUCUCCCAAACCCAGGUGGUACAUUAAGCUGGGUGGCGUCAUCAUGUACGCAGUCUCCUGGGUUUUCAUGGUCAGCAUCUGCCGCUUCGCUAGGAGGAAGAGCAUGAAGAAGUACCACGCUUGGAGGAGUCGGAGGAGUGAUGAGUUAUACUUGAAAACUAAUGGACAUUUGAAAAACCACUGA